CCCUGUACACUAAGGAUGGAGUUCCAGUGGAUUGGUCGACUUAUACUACAUAGUGUCACUCUAGCAGUGACUUCGCAAGGAGAUCCUCUGCAUUCGCUUCCACGACUAAGCUCAGUGAAACAGUUCUGUAAUGCCAUCUCUCUUGGAGGCGAUCUUCGGAUAUUACCGGCAACCUGCGUCAGCCAUCUUGCCGGAACACCUAACCUAACCACCAGAGUGCAUUGUUCGAUCGACAAGUCCAUUAUACACCCGGAAUACGUCUUCCUGAGCAAUAACAUCGCAGUGGUACGUCUACAAUGUCCCUUGAAUGCCCUAGGACCCUCGAUAAGCAUUCGCAACGUCACCGAAGGGAAUCUGUUGACGCUGAUGGCAAUGGAUACUCAGCAACAGCAGGUUACAACACCUGUACAAGUAGCAUCUUGCACCGUUUGUCAGCACGAGUACGAAGUGUUUGACUGUGACCGUCAGCUUUGUUUACGGCUUGUCGGAAAAUAUCGUUCCCAGCUACGGAAUCUUGAUGGUCUUUCCGGUGGCGCACUGUACACCAACGGUGGCCAUCUAGCAGGAAUGCUAUCGUACGGGUUUACAGAAGCACAUCUGGUGGCAGAACGUCUGGCGUUUCAUGAGCCUUUCAUACGACAUUCCAUUGAGGCUCUCGGUCUCGGUAGUGAGGAUUUUGAAAUAAAAAGGCUCCGAUCCGAGCGGGGCACCUAG